GACACAUAAACUGAAGCUUCUGCAAUGUGGGUUGACGCGAUUUGACGGAAGUUGACGGGGUUGUCGCGAUUUGAUCGUGGAAACAAAGAUUAGAUUUGCUGAUCGAGUAAACAUGGCAGUCGCGGAGCAAGAAGGAGUGAAACUAGAAUCCGAAGAUGCUGGCAAAAUUCGCUGUAAUCUGGUCAUGGUUGAUGGUGAAUUUCAGGAAUUUCUAAAUUCAAGAGACAACAAAAAGACAAAAGAAACAGAAAAAUUUGGAAUGCGUGUAUUUGAGGCCUACUUGGAAUCUCAAGGAAUGAACUUGGAUACGGUAUUGACGGAUCUAAGCCAAGGAGCCUUGGAUGAAAUCAUUGCGCAGUUUUACCCGUCUGCACGGACCAAAAGAGGUGCCUAUUAUUCUAAAAGCUCUAUCAUGCUUAUUAGAUUUUCUCUGGCUAGAUAUGUGAUGAAGCUAAAGAAGGUAGACAUAACUGACAGUUUGCAGUUUCCUAAGGCAUGUAUGUCGUUCAAGGCAAGUGUUAAAAAACUUGAAAUGGAAGGUAAAGCUGCAACAAAGCAUUAUGACCCAAUUUCCGAUGAGGACAUGAGAAAAAUUCAGGCUUCCUUAGAUAUGGACCAUAACGUUGGUCUUCAAAGGAAAGUGUUUAUUGAUAUGAUGUUGUAUUUCUGUAACACAAACAGAGGGCGAGACUCAUUGAGAUUACUGCAACCAUCGGAUUUUAUCUUUCUAAAAAGUGAUGAUGGACGUGAAUACGUUGAACUUUGUGAUAUGGAAACAACCAACCACAGAUUUGAUAAUGGAUGCAGGCAAGGAGGACAAAUGUUUGAAAUUCCAGGCCAUCCGCGAUGUCCAGUAAAGAGUCUAAAGAAAUACUUGUCUAAGUUAAACCCUGCUAUAGACGUUCUGUUUCAAAGACCCACAGCAAAAUUUGUUGAACAAUCUCCAACAUGGUAUGACAAUGCCGUGUUGGGAGUAAAUAAAAUUGGCACACUGAUGAAGGAUAUCAGUGAGGAAGCAGGGUGCACGACAGUAUACACCAAUCAUUGUCUUCGAGCAACGGCAGUUUCUAAGGCGGAUUCACUCAAAUAUGCCGAGAUAAUAAAAAUGGCCGGUUAUAUGCCCGAAGACUGCUUUGCGCAUUACUCAACUAGGCCUAUAACAAACGAGAGGAAUAUAAAAGAUCAAAGCAGCCACAGCCAAACAGGAAAAAGAAGCAUUGAUGAGGAGGACAAGAAGGAAGAAGACGUGUCAUCAGCAUCAACGUCGACCAUCAACACAUUGAACCAGGAUGAAGAAGGAUUAUUUGCUGCAACAGUUGGUGCAAAACUGAGAUCACUUCCCCCCAAAAAGAAGGCAAAGGCACAAGUGAAAAUUAUGGAAACCUUGUUCCAAAUUGAAUGGGAAUCUGAUUAAAGCCGGGUAGGGUGGGUGGGUGUUGUAUGCAGGCUCCUACCCCAAAAUGCAUUGUUGAGUUAGUUGUUUUAAAGUUUUAAAUUUUAAUACAGUUGUAUUGUUGAUAUGCGGAAAAAAAUAUUAUUGAGCACGAGGCUCAGUUUUUUAAAAUAAAUAUGAAAAUAUGUGAA